CAAUCUGAUCAUCAUCACUCAAAGAUUAUUUGGUUAUGUGCUUGGCAGCUGCAAAUAAGCUGAUAUUAUUUUGAUUUGGUUUCCUAAAUCGUUGGGAGGAGGGACUGUAAAAAAGCAUAGGUUCCCAAUGCAGAUCCUCCCGUUUCGAGGAGGCGCACUUGUGUGCUUCAUUGCUUCCUUGUUAUUUGUUGCCAGUUUUUGCAAUGCCGAUGCUAAAACAGUCGAGGUUGUCGGGGCUGGUGAGUGUGCAGAUUGUGCAGAGAAUAACUUGGAGAUUAGCCAGGCUUUUUCAGGGCUACGAGUAAGCAUAGACUGCAAGCCCGAAAAUGGGAAGAACUUUAAAACACGAGGAUCAGGGGAGCUUGAUAAACAAGGCAAUUUUAAAGUAUUCGUUCCAGAGGAUUUGGUUGAAAAUGGGGAACUGAAGGAAGAAUGCUAUGCACAGCUUCACAGUGUAUCGGCAGCACCUUGUCCCGCCCAUGAUGGCUUGGAGUCGGCCAAGUUAGUGUUGAAGUCCAGGAGUGAUGGGAAACACGAGUUUGGGUUAAAAGGAAAGCUCAGAUUCUCACCUCUAACCUGUGCUUCUGCCUUCUUUUGGCCUCACUUUAAGUUUCCUCCCUUGCCUAAGUGGAACCAUCCCCCUUUGCCCAAGUUUCCACUUCCCCCAUUCAAAGGCUUCCACCACCAUUAUCCAAUAAUCCCUCCCAUCUACAAGAAACCUCUUCCGCCACCGUCCCCGGUGUACAAGCCCCCUCCAGUUCCCGUAAACCCACCUGUUCCAAUCUAUAAACCUCCACCAGUUCCAGUCUAUAAACCUCCUCCAGUUCCAGUAAAACCACUUCCUCCACCUGUUCCAAUCUACAAACCUCCACCAGUUGAAAAACCACAUCCUCCACCUGUUCCAGUCUAUAAACCUCCACCAGUUCCAGUAUACAAGAAACCAUGUCCUCCACCAGUUCCAGUCUAUAAAUCUCCUCCGGUUCCAGUAUACAAGAAACCGCAUCCUCCUCCAGUUCCAGUCUAUAAGAAACCACAUCCACCUCCAGUUCCAGUAUACAAGAAACCAUGUCCUCCCCCAGUUCCAGUCUAUAAAUCUCCUCCAGUUCCGGAACCACAUCCUCCGCCAGUUCCAGUCUAUAAGAAACCACAUCCACCUCCAGUUCCAGUAUACAAGAAACCAUGUCCUCCCCCAGUUCCAGUCUAUAAAUCUCCUCCAGUUCCGGAACCACAUCCUCCGCCAGUUCCAGUCCAUAAGCCUCCUCCAGUUCCGGUAUACAAGAAACGAGUCCCUCCUCCGGUUCCAAUCUACAAGCCCCCUCCAGUUCCUGUAUACAACAAACCACUACCUCCCCCGGUUCCAGUGUAUACGAAGCCACUUCCACCACCUGUUCCAACCUACAAACCAAAACCCCUCCCUCCCAUUCCUUACAAGCCACUCCCUCCACUUCCCAAGAUCCCUCCAUUCCCUAAGAAGCCAUGCCCUCCCCUUCCUAAGCUACCCCCUCUUCCCAAGAUUCCUCCCAAGUAUUUCCACCACCACCCUCCCCUUCCUAAGCUACCUCCUCUCCCUAAGAUUCCUCCCAAGUAUUUCCACCACCAUCCCAAGUUCGGAAAAUGGCCUCCUUUGCCACCCUUUGCUCCCCAUCAUCCUUAAGCUAUCUUGCAUUGUUUUACGCAUUUAAUGAAGGUGGUUAGUGUGAACAAGUUCCCCAGCAGUACCUCAUGCAAUAAAUGUAGCAACAAAAGAAGAAGAAGAAAAUUGUUAAAAUUAAGAGAGGAAUUGUUAAUUUAUUAUUUAUAUGUUUUGUUAAUUACUUUAUGAUAUGAAUGUGUGAAUUUCUAAUUUUCUGUUGCAAUAAAUUCCAGUACAUUAACUUUUCUUUUUC